GCGAUGAAGAGGACGAAGGCGAAGAAUCAGAAGACAAAUCCUUCUUUCAGCAAGCCUCGUAUUGGUAGAGAGAAAGCGUCUGCAAACGUCUAUCAACGCCUUUUGAUUCCGAUCACCUCGGACGCGCCGGCGGCGGGCAUUAGCGAGGCGACUCAGACAUCCAUCCCACAUGUCCGCUUCAUGGACCCGUCCAGCACGCUCAAGGGGCUUGAACUUGCUCAGGCCAAGUUUGGCCCUCUUCUUUCCCCCUUGGAAGCCUCUGAAACGGAAUGGACCAACUACGCCCUCAAUCGGAUCAGGACCACCAAGAAGAAUGAGGACAUAACCGUCGACAACGACCGGCGUUUCCCUUCGUCAUCGUUUCCCCUCAUCCGACGUGGAAUCAUUAAGCGUGUGGGGGAGCUGGAGGCGGAUAUGGAGAUUCCUGUGGGGUCUGUGCAGAGAGGGAUUUCAGUCCUUCAGGCUUGGGAUAGCUGCCUGAUGGCUCCGGGAGUAACUGAGCCUCGAGAAGCGGAGAUACUCCACCGCGUCUACUCGCCGAUGAGCCCAUCGUACAUGGACGUGCACUUCGUCUACCGGAGUAAACCAAUGAAUGGCUGGAUUGACUGGUCCUAUGCCCUAGGCUACAAACUCCAUGCUACACCCUCCGCCAACGCUGCCAGCAUCUCGCAGAUCAAGAAAGAGCUCGUCGGCCACGUCUCCCAUAUCCACUCGCAGCACGGAUGGCGCCCACUCGUAUGGGGGCUCUACGACGGCGGCGACGACCACAAUCUGCGCCGGCUGAUCGGCAACGUCGAACUCGGCGAGGUGGGCCUCACGCACGAGGACACGCUCAACAUCUGCGAGUUUUUCUUCGGCACAACGGAGGACAUGGAUGAGGACAACGAGGAGUGGCCCGACAUCGUCAACUUCCGCACGAAGCUCGUCUGGAGCAUCCGCAUGCUGUUCGCCUUCGCAGGGAUCGGCUACAGGAUAGCGUGCGCGGACACGGAGAGCGACGUCACCCCGCUCGACUGGUACUGGCUCCCGAGGUGGACGCUCGAGGGCACACCAAAUACUUGGGUGGCGAGGGGCAUCAGGAGGGCUUGCGGGUUCCAGCUGACGCGGGAUAAGCGGCACGAGGCGGAGUUCCUCCACAUACGUCGAGAGCAGAAGCUUGCGGCUCAGGAGAAGACGAGGCCAUAUAACAUCACGCUGCCGCUGACGAUGUCACCUUCGAUGUGUGGUCCAGGCGCUAUCGAUGAUUUUGUCGAGCUGGACGAUUAGAGUUGGAUUCGCUCUUCCCACUCUUCAUGUGUUACUCAAUGCUUUCUUUCGGUCGAGUUUUUGGUUUUCUUUCUUUGCUAUUCCUCAUACAUCGAUGCUUGUAUCUAUAUCAUCAUUACUGGAUUUUCAUCGCCGCCGCCGCUUAUUCACUCGAGCUAAGGCAACCUUUGACUCAG